CAUUCAAGAAAUCACACACCCAAAUCCCAAAAUCAUUUCUUUUUCACUCCCGAAUCAUCGUUCUUCGAUUCCAAUCACAGCUUGAUUGAUAAAAAGAGAUGUUUCUUGAAGCAAUUUCUGCCGUCUCUCUGCCUUCUGCUGCUAGUCUCGGAGCCUUGUCGAAUUUGCCAAAUGCUGCGGCGGCGAAUCCGAAUUUGAGUUGGUUGUCUGGUUCGUCUUGUUUCCGAGGCCUAGUUUUGGCGAAGAAGAGUGAGAAUGGGUUCGUGGCGAGCGCGUCUUCGAACCACGCGGUGACUGUGCCGCUGGCUGGGGUGGUGUUUCAUCCGUUCGAGGAGGUUAAGAAAGAGGAGCUUGCUAUCCCUAUUGCCCCUGAUCUUUCCAUUGCCAGACAUAAAUUUUCUCAAGAGUGUGAAUCUGCCAUUAAUGAGCAGAUCAACGUUGAGUACUGUGUUUCCUACGUUUACCACGCCCUGUAUGCUUACUUUGAUAGAGAUAAUGUCGCGCUAAGGGGCCUUGCUAAAUUUUUCAAGGAGGCGAGCAUAGAAGAGAGAGAACAUGCUGAAAAGCUAAUGGAAUAUCAGAAUAAACGAGGAGGGAGAGUGAAGCUGUUCUCCUUACAGAUGCCGCCUGCAGAGUUUGAUCAUGUUCAGAAGGGCGAUGCACUACAUGCCAUGGAACUAGCAUUGUCGUUGGAGAAAUUAACCAAUGAGAAGCUUUUGAAACUUCACAGUGUUGCUGAUGCCAACAAUGAUCCCCAGCUAGCAGAUUUUGUUGAGAGUGAAUUCUUGGGAGAGCAGGUUGAGGCUAUCAAGAAGAUCUCAGAAUACAUCUCACAGCUGAGGAGGGUUGGAAAGGGACAUGGGGUUUGGCACUUCGAUCAGAUGCUCCUUCAAGGAGAAGGCGCGGUGUGAGAGUCUGGUGCCGUUUCGUGCUAGAUUAGGCUGUAAGGGAAUGUCAUUUUAGUAUAAGAUUAGAAUGGGGGUAUAUGGUUGAUUACCUUAUUUGCUUGAGCAUGGAGCUCUAUUGUAAGAGUAUAUCAAGAAGCAACAGCAGUUGGAGUUAAAAGCCUUAAUAGGUUGUGCUAUGUUUAGUUUUCAAUAAGAGUUAGUGUGGAAGAUUCUUCAAUCUUCACAUCUUUUGUAUAUACAUUUAUGUGGCUGAAUUUGUUUUCUUCAUUAGGUUUUCGAUUAGUUCUA